GUGUGUUAUUAGGCUAUUUGUUUCUUUGGAGGGUUUGACCGAACUUGCCAAUACAGUUGGGAAAGAGUCUCAAUAUCAGAAAUUAUUGAAGUAACACACUUUUGCCAGGUUAGAUAAAACAUGUCUUUAUGUUUCAAAAGUGGCUCGCAUAUCUUUAUUGUUAUAUAAGUGACCAAAUAUACCCAUCCAAUAUGAAAAUAAAAUAGUGAAUGAUUUCAUUCCAAUUAUCUGGUGAAAUCAGAAAUUUUACUUGUUUAUUCUCUUUUGAUGAAUGAUUGAACUUCCAACAAACACAUCCAAUAAAAAAAUAAAAUGCACCUAUAGCACCUAACAUGGGGUUACUUCAGCAUGAAAGUAAGUAAAUUAAUUAACAAAUGUCAAACUCCUGGAAUUAUAUAAUUGCCUUGUAAUGCUUCAUACAAUGUGCUCAUUCUUCAAAGGAAGAAGAAAAAUCUAUGGAGGAAAACAAGUUUCUAUCAAGUCUAGUAAUUCUAAUACUUCUGUUGUCAUGUGUAAAUGCAACCAUGUCAGGGCCUAAACGGCCUAAAACUCGCAAGCACUUCGUGCUAGUUCAUGGGGCUUGCCAUGGAGCCUGGUCUUGGUACAAAAUUAUGGCGUCAAUAAAAACUUCAGGGCAUAAUGUAACAGCUCUGGACUUGGGUGCUUCAGGGGUCAACCCGAAACAGGUCCUUGAAAUCCCACAUUUAUCAGAUUACUUUAGUCCGCUAAUGGAGUUCAUGGCUUCUCUUCCAGUAGAUGAAAAAGUUAUUCUUGUUGGACAUAGCCUUGGCGGAUUCGCCAUAUCUAAAGCCAUGGAAAGCUUUCCUGAAAAGAUUUCAGUUGCUAUAUUUGUCACUGCUCUAAUGCCCGGUCUAAUUCUUGAUGCAGCCACCGUCUUUAAUGAGUCAUCCAGUGGAGCAAUAUCUAAACUCGAUAAUCGUCUAACAUUCGAUAAUGGACUUGCCAAUCCUCCAACAACCUUCAUCUUUGGUCCGAAAUACUUGGCGAGUUAUCUUUAUCCACUGAGCCCAAUUCAGGACUGGGCACUGGCUACUACAUUAGUAAGGCCAAUUUAUUUUCACAGUUUGGAUGAAAUAUCAGAGGAGAUAGUUCUUUCAAACAAAAAUUAUGGAUCAGUUAGACGAGCGUACAUUGUGGCAGCUGAAGAUAAAAUUCUAAAGAAGGAAUUUCAACAGUUAAUGAUUGAAAAGAAUCCGCCUGAUCAAGUGGAAGAGAUUUUAGGAUCUGAUCACAUGCCCAUGAUGUCUAAGCCCCUUCAACUUUUUACUCUUCUUAUGCGUAUUGCCAAUAAAUGACAAACUAUCUUAAUAGCUUAAACUAGCUUGUAUUACAUAUUCAUGAAUAAUGCAUAGUUGAAAUAAAAAUUAGAUUACCCUUUGUGUAGA